AUGCUCCCGAAAAACGAGAAAGAGGCACUUUUCGAUGUCGAGGACCGAAUUUCGAUGCUAGAACGGCGAUUAGACAACGCCAAAGCCGCCCGAGAUGCAUUUGUACACCAUUUACGGGGAAAAUACCCGAAUUGGACGCCCCCGCUUCCAACAAUGAGCUACCAGGAAGGUGCUUUUCCUGCGAUUCCAGCGACUUCUGGCCCAAACUUCCGUGAGCCGCUUGUGAGCCGCCUAUCAACCGGCGGCUAUCAGUGGGAUGUGAAUGAGCAACGAGCUUCUAGAAGACAAAUAGGUUUAAAGAGAACGCCAAUGUUGAAUUCCAGCUUGGUCAAUUCACCAAUCGAUAUUCCGACUAGCGGACCUCUUCUGGAAACUGACAUCAGAAGAACAAGAAUUCGGCUUCGAGAAAUUUCCGAAGAGCUCCGAUCGAUGAGAAUCGAUCGAAUGAACUUAAGCACUGAGCAAUGGAUUCAAGAAGAGCCGUUUAGACAACAAAGAACAUUAUCUCUUCAUUUUGGACAACACAAUCAUCCGGACCAGCCUCAAAAUGACCAUUUGGACCAAGCCCGAAUGCAUUUGUCUCGAAUCGAUUUGACUGAAACGUCUCCAGUCGAAACGCCAACAGAAGAGCGAAAAAUCGAUAUUGAAAUGUCUGAAAAUCAUGAGAAACUUCUGGAAGAAAUGAGGUCAGAAAAAGUGGGCGUGGUCUCCGAAGCUCCGCCCACUUUUGUACCUGCACAUGUUAGAUUUCAAGAGCCCAUUGGAGUUCCAGCUCCAAUAUCGGUUCAGACCCCACCCACGCAAGCUCCACCUCCGGAGGCUCCGCCCACUCAGGCCCCGCCCACUCAAGCUCCGCCCCCAAAUGUUCAAUCCCUGGUGUCUAGUUUAUUCAGCCAAAUGAAGGAUGAUAGUGAGAGUGAUGAUAGUCCAAGGCCGGUGUUCAAAGCUCCGCCUCCAGUGACCUCAUUUCCCAAAGCUCCUGCUGAAAAAUCGGAUAUAAGCCAGCUUUUGAAAAAUCUCGGUGGUGGUGGAUCGAGCAAAUCCGAAAUUCAGAUGACUUGGGAAGAGAUCAACUAUCGUCGACAACAUCGAAAUUCAUUUUUCUGUCAUCAAGUGAAAAGAGUGGAAGGUGAUCUUCGGCCAAAAGUAAGAACUAUUCGACGAACACAUGCUUAUAAAUUAUUUCCUGGCAUCAAAAUUGAUUGUGCUACAGAGUUGACAAUUCCUUAUCAGACACGCCCCACAAUUCACGAAUCCCUUACCAGAAAGUCCUACAUCUACAAAUCGGAUAUUCUAGUGACGAUACAAUGGAUUGUGAAGGAGCUCUAUUGGAAUGAUACCCAUCUGAAUGCGCUGGUAGCUUAUUAUCUGAAAGGAAUUGAACAAAAUUUGAGACAUCGAUGCGAACUUGUCAGAUAUGAUGAAUUGGCGUUUAGAGAUUUGGAAAAUCAAAUUUGUAAUUUGCGGAAUUUCAAUAAAAAGUUUCCGCCAGCAAUCACCAAACCUGUAGGUGUUCAAGAAGCGUAUUCUCAGCUAAAAUGCAUUCUCAUCCCACACGUCCUCGAUCAGCGCUACUCGGAAGUGUUGAAGGUUCUCAGAGAUUACGAUAAAAUCAAAGGGAACAACGUUGAGAAUUUGUACCGGAAUGUCAUAGAUAUCCUAUAUUCGAUUCGGGAUUUCGCUCACGACCAUCCAAAAUGGUUCAAAAAUAAUCCGUUGAGGCGAUUUUCAGGAAAAGUGAUCAUCCGAUUAUUUGAGAAUGCGAAAAAUAUGAAAUUCGUUUUGCCAUGGGAAUUGAUGAAGGAAAUGGAGCGAGCGAAGCUGAAAGUCUCGAAAGAAAUGCGAAAAAAGUUUUCGAAAAUGCACAAAUUGGAUACUGUGCCUUUUUUGGAGUUGUUCAAGAUUCUAGGGAAGGAUGGAAUGAAAUUGUUUGAGUUCGUACAAGUUCCAAUGCUCCAACUGAACAACGAACGCUCGAGAGGCUAUCAUUAUGUGGUUCGAAAAGGUCAACAAUUAAUGGAUAUGAUGCUAAAACACAUUCGUUUUCAUCGCUGUUUUCAUAAACUGUCCCAUCAAAAAGGACAAGAAAUCGUGGGAAUUUUCGAACUUAUGGCUACUGAUUAUAAUGAUUGUUCGAACGGCCCAAAUCUAGUGAAUAUGGAUCGAAUGAAGACGGCUGACGCGUUAAGAUUGGGACUUUUCAGUCAACAAACGACGGGAAUCGAUGUGAAACCGAUGAAAAUGAAUCGUGGAAUUCCGACGUCGAGAGUGAAGGAGGAAAUUCAGAGAUUGGGCGUGGCUGAAACGUUUCCAGACAUUUAUAAGCAUAUCGAACACGCUGAAGCGACUGCAAGUCCUGAUGGGCGGCCGCUGAUAACGACACAUGACUUGAGGAUGAUUGUGGCAAAAGCUCAACUUUAUUCGAUUGUUGAGAAUUCUUUCAUUAUUCGAUCAUUUCUACAUUCCACUGGAGAGUGCUGUACGGUUCUGGAGCAUUGUGAUGAGUGUUUUCAAAGAAGAGCUUUUAAAACGAUUGAGGAUUUAUGUCAGCAGUUGACAAUUUUCAAACAUGUCGAGGAUGGAAAAUUGCAAUUUCCGAAUUAUUAG